CAUUCGGAGUUAAUUCGCAGUUAAUUCGCAGUCAGUUCGCUAACAGCUGAAAGUGACCAAUAAAUAAGUAAAAAAGUAAAUAAGCAAUUCUUGUGGCACACACAAAGGAAAAUCUUUGAAAAGUAUCUGCAAAUAAAUGACAGGUCACAAAUAACAUAUUGUUGACAGCAUUUUGUUGCUGUUGUGUCACAAAACGGAAAGCGGAAAUUAUUAGCGUAGCUGGCAAGUUACUGACAAUUUGUCGGCAGGCUUUCCAGUCGAAAUUUUAAUAAAAGUAAGCGCUUGAAAAUAACUGCAAUACAAAAUCUUGUUGCGGGAAAAGUGGACGCCCUUAAAGAGUUUGAAAGUUGUUGCAAGUUUAUUGUGGUGGCAAGUGGUGGUGUGGGUCAGCUAUAAAGCUCAGCGCAAAUGUGUUUUGGGGUGGAAAGGCCAUUCGGUGUGUGGAAAAUGUGAAGUGUGGCGUUGCACUAGCAGUAGCGUUUGCAUUAGCAGCAGCACUGUCUGCCAGUUUUUUAAAUAAUUGAUUUUUAUUGUAUGUGCGUGUGUUUUGCUUUAUUCAGACGAGCGGUGUGAAUAAUAGUAAACAGCAGGCGUCUAUUAAUAUUAUUUAAUACAGUGACGGCGUAUGUGUGCAAAUAAUUUUUGGAAAUAUUUCUAUUGUGUAGCUACGUCUGCGAGAGGUGACCCAACGGCGGCAACAGCAGCAAAAGCGGCAACGUGUGUGACAGCGUCGUGCUACAAUCAAGACACUUAAACAAAUUGGAUGCGAAAGCGCUGCACGUGGAAGCACAAUAGAAGCGACAUCCUGCUGCUUGUAAAACGGGUUUUACGAAUUCGGAAAAAGGUUACGGUAACUAAUGAACAAGAGUGAAGCGAAACUUUCGCAAAUUGCUAAAGAAAUGCAUUGAACGUGUGUAACAUGAAUAGAACACAGUAAGUUUGUGGCAAAAGAGAGUUCGAAAAAGCCGUGUUGCAUGCAAUUUGUUGAGAUUACAAAGAUAACAAUGAGCACACGUGCCAUGCGUUAGAAUAUGUGUGAAUUUGGAUUACGGUUGAGCAUUUAGAAAGUAUUAAAACUAUUGUACAUAUAUACUAACGGUCAAGCGUAAGCGCUGUGCUACACAAAGAUGCUCGAAAAUAUAUAUUAGUAGUGGAUCAAGUGGAUACCAAAGCUUAAACUAUAAGAGGGUCCGUGAAUGUGAAUGAGUGCGCAUUGCGCCACCAGAAAACUUCGCGAUUUAGCUGAUUAAUUUUAGUUGGAUCCAGACAUAUUCCCACAAAGAAAAAGUAUACAAACGAAUUGUGGUCUACUCCCUCCGUGGUCGGUAAAACGCGCGCCUCAAAGUGCAUUUAUUCCAGCAUACCAUGUCCUCGAUAUCGGCGCAGGGCGUGGUCGAACGUGCGUCCGCUGAACUCUCGAAACGCAUUAACGGCCUCGGGCUGCGUUCGAAGCAUCAUCAUGGCAGCGGCUCCAAUUCGUCCACGUCCUCCUCAACACAAUCCGCUACUUCAUCGGGUGGCAGUAGCGGCAAGACCUCAGUAAUGGAACGCGUCACAAACGCACUUUGUGGCGGUGGAAAUAGCAAUAACAACAGUAACAAUAGCAACAACAGCGGUGCGAAUAACAGUGCAAACAACAGCAAUCCAGCUGUCACACCAGACAAACCAACACGCGGUGGCAGCGGCACUAAUAGCGGUACACAUACACCCACAGGCAGUUUGUCGACACCCGCUAGUCCCACACUACCACAUACAGUGCUUAUCGGUGCUGGUAAUAAUAUGCAGUUAUUGCAACAACAACAGACAGCACCACAAGCACAACAGCCGCCGUCACAUCCGCAUCAACAUUCGCAGCCGCCAGCACCAACACCGCCAACACCGUCGCAACAUCCAUUACAGUCACAGAUUGCCAGUUCGACGCUGGUGAAUUCCAAUUCCAACAUGUUGGGCGGCACACCGCCGGUGCUUGGUCAUCCUCUGGGUGCACCACCAGCGCCCACAGUCAACUCGAUUGCCAAGCAAAUGAAUAUCACCAUACCCGGUCAGCCGCAAUUCAAUACCAUGGGUUUGGUGGCAGCACAAAAAUCGGUUGCCAAUCAAUCGGUGAGCGGCGGUACACCGUUGCAAUUGCGCAAGCAUCUACCCAAUCCACAUCUACAUCAUCCGUACGCGAGUGGGGGUGUGGGCGGCGGUGUUGCGGCCGUCUUGCCGUCGGGCACGGCGGGCAGCGCUUCAAACGUUUCACAACUGGCUGCUGCCGUUACACAGUCUGCGCUGAUAUUACACAAAUACCCGCCUCCGAUUACUAGCAUUGAGGCGUUGUUGCUUGACGAUCGUUUUUUGAAUCGUUUUUUACUUUACUUUUCCUCGUACGAACGUCGCACGUUAGCGCAGGUGUGCAUGAAAUGGCGCGACAUACUUUACCGCAGCCCGCGUUAUUGGUCGGGUCUUUUGCCGACCUUACAGUGUCGCGAGCUACGUCAAAUACCAAGCUGUGAUCGUGUAAAACUGUAUAAUUCGUUGAUACGUCGUGGUUUUCACGCGCUCGCGUUGGUCGGCGCCUCGGAUGAGGAUGCACUCGAUGUAGUACACUCAUUCCCACUGGCAUCCAAACAUAUACAUUCUUUGAGCUUACGCUGUUCAUCGAUCAGCGAUCGUGGACUAGAGGCAUUGUUGGAUCAUCUGCAGAGUCUUUUCGAACUCGAACUCGCUGGUUGCAAUGAAGUCACCGAGGCUGGUCUGUGGGCGUGUCUCACCCCGCGUAUUGUCUCACUCUCACUCGCGGAUUGUAUUAAUAUCGCCGACGAAGCGGUGGGUGCAGUCGCACAGCUAUUACCAUCGCUCUAUGAAUUUUCACUGCAGGCUUAUCAUGUCACCGACGCAGCUUUGGGCUAUUUCUCGCCGAAACAAAGUCAUAGUCUGAGCAUACUACGCCUGCAAUCAUGUUGGGAAUUAACUAAUCAUGGCAUCGUUAAUAUUGUGCACUCUUUGCCUCACUUAACGGUAUUGAGUCUAUCCGGUUGCAGUAAACUCACCGAUGACGGCGUCGAACUGAUAGCCGAAAAUCUGCAGAAGUUACGUGCCCUCGAUUUGUCUUGGUGUCCGCGCAUAACGGACGCAUCGCUGGAGUAUAUUGCCUGUGAUCUGAAUCAGCUAGAAGAACUGACGUUGGACAGAUGCGUACACAUCACCGACAUCGGUGUCGGCUACAUCUCGACCAUGCUGUCAUUAACCGCACUCUUUCUACGCUGGUGUUCACAAGUGCGUGACUUCGGACUACAACACUUAUGCUCCAUGCGUAAUCUACAAGUACUUUCACUAGCCGGCUGUCCAUUGCUCACCUCCUCCGGCCUAUCCAGUCUAAUACAGCUGCGUCAUUUGCAAGAACUCGAGCUGACCAAUUGUCCUGGAGCAUCACAUGAGUUGUUCGAUUACUUGAAAGAGCAUUUGCCACGUUGCUUAAUCAUUGAAUAAUACGUUUACAUAGCUGCAGCGUUAAUUGCAUGUGCCAUGAGCACAAAUCCGCAGGCGUGGAGCAGUUUAUGGAGUUUUACAUACACUUGCAACUUCGUCACAGCUAAUGAUACAUGUGUUGCUACAUACAUAUGAGCUGUGGCGCGGAAUGAGCGGCAAACGGAAGUUGCUUCUGAAGCUGGAAUUAAUGUGCAAAUAAAUUUUGAGCUGGUUAAAUUUGCUCUGAAAAUUUUAUGAAACAAAUGUGUACAGACUUACUACACACACUGUUGAAAGAUGAAUGUUGAAAAAUAUCACCAAAGGUGUA